UAAAUAAACAAUUCCGCUCCGGUUUGAGUGGAAAAACGAACGCGAGCGGGCCAAACGUGAGAAGAAGACAGACUUAAAACAACAAGAAAAGUACAAACGUUACCAAUUUUGUUUUGCGUGGUGGAGUAAAGGUAGAAGGGGUUAACUGGAGCGAAGAGUGGGCCCAGCAAAACGGAACAGGUCGAAAAAUUGUUAGCGCGUGUCGGAGGACCUCCGGAAAAGUAUGACGACGCCGCCUCCGGUAGCUUCCGCGGCGCUUGUGUACGUUCAAGAACUUCCAAAGAACAGUUUUCCUCCGGCUUCCUACUGACGAGGUCGUGUUCUUCUACGAGAACGUUUUUUUGUACUUUGUAGUGCGGAACGUUGCGGUUUUUCUUCGCAUGGAAAGAAGCUUUUUGAAUCAAUAUUUGAAAAGUAAAAGGGAGGAAAGCGUUUACUUUUUGGAAAGAAAAUCUUUUUGGUGAUUUUAUUCGGGAUCAUUCAAUUUUUUACGAUGGACCAAAAGGACUUUAAAAAAUUCUUUACUGUUACUGUAAUUGGAUUGUUUAUUCAGGUUUUAAAUGCCCAAGAUUAUGAAGUAAGUGAUAUUCAAUGUACUUUUGCUGAAAGUGCUGGAGAAGAAGCGAGAGAUUCAAUUGUAGCAAUAUUAAAAAAACCGGAACAUUUUAAAGGUAACCCUCUAUUCGCGGAUGAUAGAGACGUUGAUCCUGAAAGAAAUAGUGUAUGCCAAAUUAAGCAAGAUUUAAAAGAUCCAAACGGAUUAAAGUAUUUAUUAAGAAUUACCGAUUUUACCCGAUGUGGAGUUUUAAAACGAAAUGGGUACGUUCAUGUACGAGUUUGGUUUCCGCAAUUUCCCGGUGUUGUUAUGCAAUCUGAUCAAGAAUUAAUCAUUAUGUGUAAACCUCCUGAAAAAACGAUUAUUGAAAAUAAAGCUGCGGGAUUCGCCGGGAGCUUUCCAGCCGGUGCUAGAGUAUCGGGGGUUGUUGAAGAAUCCCCCGGAAGAUUAGAAUACGAAGUAGCUCUUUAUAAAGAAGCACCAGCACGAAUUAGUAACGUUAAUAACGAAUUACCUGUUGAUCAAGCAGUCCCUAUUGGAACCAAAUUGCAAUUAAGAGCUAGAAUUAAUCCAGAUUCAGCCUGGAAAUAUGUUAAACUUAUGGAAGUUACUGUUAGCCCCGAUCCAGAUGAUCCACAUAGACCAGGAAGUGUUUCUUUGGUGAAAAGUGGAUGCAAAAAUGCUGAAUUUACAUCAAUAAUCCCACAUCAACCCACACGAUACAGAGAAAAAUACAACGAAGUUUUCUUAGAUUUCGAAGCCUUCUUAUUAAGUACAAUGAAAGAACGCUCAACUUUAUGGAUUCAUUCUCAAAUUAAAGCUUGCAUGGAUGAGGGUGAUUGCGAACCGGAAUACUGUUUAGGAAUGCACGACACUUCUGGCCACGGAAGAAAAAGGAGAGAAAUCACCGACCCUCAAGCAUUAACAAAGAAGUACAACGACACCACACAAUUCACUAAAUUUAGCGAUAACAUAGAGUAUUCAGUUUUAAUGCCAAGCGAAUUUUUCCAUAAAUCCGCUGCGUUAGAAAGUUCUUGUAGUACAUUUUUAGUGAUUGCGACGAUUUUGGGUUGUUUAUUAUUCAUGUCUGCGUUUGUUAUGUGCUGGUUAGCUUCAAGGUUACACACAGCUUUGUUGGGGACGAAUUCUGAACAUAAAAAUAUUGAUCAAUUAGUUCGAGAAUCGAGGCAUUAUAAAGAAAACGGAUAUACAGGACGAGCAAUGACGCAAUAAAUGAUAAUUUUAGAAGCAUCUUUCGAAGUUGAAGUUAUAACGAUAAAUUGAUUGAAAAUUUUUGUGCAAUACGUUGUAAAAAUUGAUGAA